CCGCGGGAGCGCGGAGCGGCCGCUGUUCGCCUGCGUCGCUCCGGGAGCUGCCGACGGACGGAGCGCCCCCGCCCCCGCCCGGCCGCCCGCCCGCCGCCGCCAUGCCCUUCUCCAACAGCCACAACGCGCUGAAGCUGCGCUUCCCCGCCGAGGACGAGUUCCCGGACCUGAGCGCCCACAACAACCACAUGGCCAAGGUGCUGACCCCCGAGCUGUACGCGGAGCUGCGCGCCAAGAGCACGCCGAGCGGCUUCACGCUGGACGACGUCAUCCAGACAGGCGUGGACAACCCGGGCCACCCGUACAUCAUGACCGUGGGCUGCGUGGCGGGCGACGAGGAGUCCUACGACGUGUUCAAGGAUCUCUUCGACCCCAUCAUCGAGGACCGGCACGGCGGCUACAAGCCCAGCGAUGAGCACAAGACCGACCUCAACCCCGACAACCUGCAGGGCGGCGACGACCUGGACCCCAACUACGUGCUGAGCUCGCGGGUGCGCACGGGCCGCAGCAUCCGCGGCUUCUGCCUGCCCCCGCACUGCAGCCGCGGGGAGCGCCGCGCCAUCGAGAAGCUCGCGGUGGAAGCCCUGUCCAGCCUGGACGGCGACCUGGCGGGCCGGUACUACGCGCUCAAGAGCAUGACGGAGGCGGAGCAGCAGCAGCUCAUCGACGACCACUUCCUCUUCGACAAACCCGUGUCACCUCUGCUGCUGGCCUCGGGCAUGGCCCGCGACUGGCCCGACGCCCGCGGUAUCUGGCACAAUGACAAUAAGACCUUCCUGGUGUGGGUCAACGAGGAGGACCACCUGCGGGUCAUCUCCAUGCAGAAGGGGGGCAACAUGAAGGAGGUGUUCACCCGCUUCUGCACCGGCCUCACCCAGAUUGAAACUCUCUUCAAGUCUAAGAACUAUGAGUUCAUGUGGAACCCUCACCUGGGCUACAUCCUCACCUGCCCAUCCAACCUGGGCACAGGGCUUCGGGCAGGAGUGCACAUCAAGCUGCCCCACCUGGGCAAGCAUGAGAAGUUCUCUGAGGUGCUUAAGCGGCUACGACUUCAGAAGCGAGGCACAGGCGGUGUGGACACGGCUGCGGUGGGCGGGGUCUUCGACGUCUCCAACGCUGACCGCCUGGGCUUCUCGGAGGUGGAGCUGGUGCAGAUGGUGGUGGACGGAGUGAAGCUGCUCAUUGAGAUGGAGCAGCGGCUGGAGCAGGGCCAGGCCAUCGACGACCUCAUGCCUGCCCAGAAGUGAAGCCCGGCCCACACCCGACACCAGCCCUGCUGCUUCCUAACUUAUUGCCUGGGCAGUGCCCACCAUGCACCCCUGAUGUUCGCCGCCUGGCGAGCCCUUAGCCUUGCUGUAGAGACUUCGUCACCCUUGGUAGAGUUUAUUUUUUUGAUGGCUAAGAUACUGCUGAUGCUGAAAUAAACUAGGGUUUUGGCCUGCCUG